CAUUUCUGCCUGCGUCUCUCUGCUCCGACCACUGAGCCAGUAGUCUUCUACUUCAAUCCAACCCCAUUAUCAAUUUGCCGGGCAGAUCAUCCUUCUUCCCUUCAAGGAACAUCUACCGAGCAUGAUCCCACCUUAAGAUCCGCCAGCAAUGGCACCUUACACUCCCAAGCCGGUCAAGCCCCAGAGACCCAUCUCCUAUCACCCCUCUUCCCUAUCUACCCUCCUCCUCGCAUUCUCGAUCUUUUCUCUCAUCAUUGGAAUCUUCGGGAUCUCCUUCUCUCUCUACGCCCUCCGUCGGCCCCAGCCAGCCCCCAUUUUCCGCUGCCGGUCCCGGGACUCGCUGAGGGAGUUCGUUGCGUUGUCGGGUGCCAGGAAGCUGGGUGGCGCCGGGGAGCUAGACUAUCACCGGCCUAAGAGGGUUCUCGGGUUCGUGGGGAUUCAGACCACUUUCGGGUCGGGUGACCGGAGGGAUGCCCUGCGGAGCACUUGGCUGGCUUCUGACCCCGAUGGACUCCUGAGGUUAGAGCAAGCUACUGGUUUAGCAUUUCGGUUCGUGAUUGGCCGAUCAAAAGAUGCGCAUAAGAUGGCCAUGCUUAAGAAGGAGGUGGAGAAGUACAGAGAUUUCAUGCUUAUUGAUGUUGAUGAAGAAUACUCAAACCUCCCAUACAAAACGCUUGCUUACUUAAAGGCAGCUUACGAACUAUUCGAAGCAGAUUAUUAUGUCAAAGCUGAUGAUGAUAUAUAUCUACGUCCAGAUCGUCUUGCGACUCUGUUAGCAAAGGAGAGAACACAUUCACGAACUUAUAUUGGAUGCAUGAAGAAAGGGCCAGUGGUCACUGAUCCCAAAAUGAAAUGGUAUGAACCUUCAGGACAUCUGGUUGGAAAUGAGUAUUUCUGGCAUGCAUAUGGUCCUAUCUACAUUUUGUCGGCUGAUUUAGUGGCUUCGAUAGCUGCCACCAAAAACGACAGUUUAAGAAUGUUUAACCACGAGGAUGUGACUAUUGGUUCAUGGAUGCUUGCAAUGAAUGUCCAUCACGAAGACAACAGAGCAAUGUGUGAUCCUCAGUGCACUGCUACAUCCAUUGCAGUAUGGGACAUCCCAAAAUGUUCGGGUUUGUGCCACCCGGUUAGUAAGCUCAAGCAGCUUCAUCAGAUCAAUAUGUGCUCCAAAAGCCCUACAUUACCCCCAGAAGAUGACGAGUAGUAUCUGAUCUGUGUGGAAUUGGUCUUUCCGCGAGAACGGAUUUUCUAACUGAGCAUCUCUCAAUUAACACGUAAAAUGGUGAAACGGACAUGACUCCAAGAUACAGAGCAGCUUCGUAUAGGAGAUUCUCUGGGGCUUAGAGCGCCGGGAACUCGAAGAUAGGUUAUACGUUCCGGAUUCAUGUAGUUGUAAUGAUUAAUUUUAGGUGCUGCGUGGAUGAUACUUGUACGGUAUACAUGACUGAUACGGGGUGAUUUUAUGGUGAUACCCCUUGAAAAUGAAAUCGAAGGUUAUAUCCUCUUGGUUUUGGGU